AUGGCGAACGAAACCGUGAGCAAUACUUUGAACGAUCUCCAGCGGGAGUAUCAAGACUUCCUCGACGAUGACAAUGAUGAGGGCAACUAUAGAGAUAAGAUUACGGAGAUGCUAUCGCUCAAAAAGCGUAGGUUGAUAGUGAACAUCAACGACAUCCGAACAAAGAACCCGAAAAGAGCAUCGGAGCUCCUGAGUAAUACCGCUGAGGAAAUGGUGGCUUUUGAGCUCGCCCUGAAAAGCAUCGUCAUGCAAGCGGAGCCUUCCCUUCAAAAAGACUAUCGGGGACUCCGUUAUUCCAUUGGACUCGAGGGGAGUUUCGGAAACCGUCACCUCACUCCCAGAUCUCUCACCUGUACUUAUCUAGGAGGAAUCGUUUGCGUCGAAGGAAUCGUCACCAAGGCGUCCUUAAUCAAGCCCAAAGUAGUGCGUUCUGUGCACUACUGCCCGGCUACCGAAAAAUUCCUCGAACGAACUUACACGGACAUGACCUCCUACGACUCGACUCCAUCUUCUGCUGUUUAUCCCACGAAAGAUGAUGAUGGGAAUCUGCUGGAAACUGAGUUCGGCUUAUCCACAUAUAAGGAUAACCAGAGUCUGACGAUACAAGAAAUGCCCGAGAAAGCCCCGGCGGGACAACUCCCUCGUUCCGUAGACAUCUUGUGCGAUGACGAUAUGGUCGAUCUGUGCAAGCCAGGUGACCGAGUGCAGAUAAUUGGACUCUAUCGCUGCUUGCCAUUUGCACAGGGAGGCUUCACUAACGGUAUUUUCCGGACGGUGCUGCUCGCGAAUAAUAUUCGCCUGCUCACAAAAGAAAUCGCCACGGAACUGACGGCGGAGGAUAUGAAGAAAGUCAGACAGUUCGCUCGCGAGAAGGGCAAGGAUGUUUUCGCCGUACUCGCAAAGUCGCUGGCACCUUCCAUCCACGGCCACGAAUUCGUGAAGCAGGCCCUCCUGUGCUUAUUGUUGGGGGGCACCGAGAAGAUUCUGCCCAAAAAUCGAACGAGACUCAGAGGAGACAUCAACAUCCUUCUGAUCGGAGACCCAUCCGUGGCCAAAUCUCAGAUGCUCCGUUUCGUUCUGAACACCGCACCACGGGCGAUCGCAACCACGGGUCGAGGAUCUUCCGGCGUGGGUCUGACGGCCGCGGUCACGACCGACCAGGAGACGGGCGACCGUCGUCUCGAAGCGGGCGCCAUGGUCCUCGCAGAUCGAGGGGUGGUCUGCAUCGACGAGUUCGAUAAGAUGUCAGACAUCGAUCGUACGGCAAUUCACGAAGUAAUGGAGCAGGGACGAGUGACAAUCGCCAAGUCUGGAAUCCAGGCUCAACUCAAUGCUCGUUGUUCGGUACUCGCUGCGGCCAAUCCUGUCUAUGGGCGAUACGAUCAAUACAAAACUCCGAUGGAGAACAUCGGUCUCCAGGACUCAUUGCUGUCACGUUUUGAUUUGCUGUUCGUUUUACUCGACACGAUGGACCCUGAGAACGACUUGCGCAUAGCGGAACACGUUGUUCGAAUGCACCGGUAUCGGAACCCAAAUGAACAGGAUGGGGAGGCGAUGCCCCUCAAAAAUAUGGCGGAUCAUCUGUCCACUGAGGAUCCCAGAGCGGCCACCGGGAGGCAGAAUAUGGAGAUCUACGAAAAACACGAUGCUCUUCUGCAUGGACCACGCAAAAACAACAAGGAAAAAAGAGUCUCCUUGACGUUCCUGAAGAAAUACAUUCACCUCGCUCGACAGGUCAAGCCCGCGCUCAGCGAUGAAGCUGGCCGCCUCAUCAGCGAGGAAUAUCCGCGCCUCCGGAGUUUCGAUUCGGAUCACUCAGACAUGGCCAGGACUCAGCCUAUCACUGCCCGAACACUGGAGACGUUGAUCCGAAUCGCGACCGCCCAAGCCAAAGCAAGGCUCUCGGCGAAAGUUACGGAAGAUGACGCCAUGCGAGCCAUCGAGCUCGUUCAUUUCGCUUACUUCAAGAAAGUCAUAGAGAAGCCCCGGAAACGGAAGCGCGACUCGGAGGAUGGUGCCGUGAGUUCUGAAGAGGAGAAGGAAAAAGAUGUUUUCGAUUACCGUGAAGAGACUCCCGAGACCCCUGUGCUCAAACCAAAGAAGAAAGUUCGGGAAGAGGCGCCCGAAGAAGAAGAAGCUCCGUUGCCAUCGACGUCGUCACGGGCGACAUCGAUCGGUGUUCUUGACCGACUUGACGAAUUUCGAUCUCUCUUAAAUAAAGCCUUCAGACGGACUGCUGGAUCCCAGCAGAUGGCCAUUGAUGAAUUGAUGACUUAUCUCGCAGGUUUGUCUCUCAAAAAACCCUUUUCGAGGGAAGAAGUCAAUCUCGCCUUGGAGAAGAUGUCCGACGCAAACCAGGUCAUGGUAUCGGAUGAUAUCAUCUACCUCAUCUAAGCGUUCCAUUUCCUCUCCAUUGAGGAACAUUGUAAUUCGCGCGAGAAAGCAAGAUAUUCACGCUCUCGGUUCCUGGAUCGGGUCCGAGCCCAUCCAGAAUCGAAAGACAGUCACACGUUUUAGGCAUUAUCCUAGUUCUCAUAGCUUUUAAACAUACAUAUAUGACAUCGGGACAGUCUGCAUCCGAUCUGAAGAGGCAAAUAAA